GCGGCUGGGGGCGGGACUAAUACCGGAAGGGGAGCGGACCAGAGGCCACGUCCGCUUCCGCCGAGGAGGAACCUUUGGUGUCGCUAUGAGUCGCUACAAGUUCAUCGAUAUUGGUAUCAACUUGACAGAUCCUAUGUUCAGAGGAAUUUAUAGAGGGGUUCAGAAGCAUCAGGAUGACUUGCAGGAUGUAAUAGAGAGAGCCGUCCAGAUUGGUGUUAAAAAGUUCAUGAUUACAGGCGGAGAUCUGCAAGACAGUAAAGAGGCACUGCAGCUGGCGCAAACAAGAGAUAUGUUUUUCAGCACAGUUGGUUGCCAUCCUACAAGAUGUGGUGAAUUUGAAAAGAAUAACCCUGAUCUUUACUUAAAGGAGCUGCUGAGUCUUGCUGAAAACAACAAGGGCAAAGUCGUGGCCAUAGGGGAAUGUGGGCUUGAUUUUGAUCGGCUGCAGUUUUGUCCCAAAGACACUCAGCUUAAGGACACUUGUGAUUUUCUGGUGGCUACCAGCAGAGUUACUGCAGCUCUGUGCCUCUCCUGAAUACCAUGUGAUCAGCUCACUUAACCUUAAAAGUUCACAUAUUCACACUAAAAUAGAAGCUUUUUUUUUUUGACUGUUUCUUAGGUUUUUCUUCUACUUCCAUGUCUGCUUUUGGGCAGAAUGAACAUUAUGGGUCAUCAACUGUGUUAGGACAAGCAAGGCAGAUUUCUUGCCCAUAGGAAUUUUCUUCUAGAAUAUGUUAAAACUGAUUCUAAAAUGUGCACUAAUUCUUUAUACUCAGUUUGGGGGUUACAUAAAAGCACUGGUAAUAUUGAUCAUUUUAUUGUUUUAAAGAUACUUCCAUCGUGAGAUUAAGAUGGGAAUACACACACACACACACACACACACACACACACAUUAAAGAUAUAGUUUCUGCUAUAACUCACAGAAUGCCACUUGUCUAAGUGUUGAUGUGUAAUAGAUAGCUUGACUUCAGUUGAUUCAAUGGAUGAUUACUCAGUCCUCCUUCACUAUGCUGCAAAGAAAAACAAGGUCAAGGGUGUUACGUGCCACAGCACUUGAGAGGCUGAGGCAGGAGGGUCACAGGCUAGUGGAUCACCAGGCAACUUACUGGAACCCUGUGUCAGAAAAUAAAAAGAUCUGGGGGUGUAGUUCAGUGAUAGAACAUCCCUGGGGUUAAUAAAAGUAUGACAUUGGGAAUCAGCAGAUCCUCAGGUGUGAUUUAUAAUUGCCACUGAAGACCAUGUAACCCUUCAUUGUGUCCUCAUCCUUACAAUGAAGAUAAUGAUACCUGUUUUUAGCACAGUAGGUAUGAGAAGCCCAUCAUGGCUUGCCUGACACAGAAUAAGUACUCAAUAAAUUAUAGCUGUGUUACAUUGUUGUUGGUAGAAAUAUUACCAUUCUAAAGGAAAAUACCAGCUGUAAUUUUUGUUUGGGGUUUUUGAACAGUUUUAAAGAAUAAGAAACAAACAAUGGAAGCAAUGGAAGUUGUCACUUGGUUAUAGAAAGUUUAUCCUUGGAGUCAUUCCCUGUAUUUUCACUUCCUUUGCUCUGUGUUACACUCUUUCCUGCUGCAAGUUAGACUCAGUUCUCCUGGUUUGGAGGAGUUUGCUCUGGACAUUUUCUUGGGGCUUUAAAAUGUUAACACCAGGUAAAUCUUUAAAAGUCAGACAAAUCAGGAAACCCUCAAAGUGAGAGCUUGAGGCCAUGCUUGUCAUCUGGUUUGCAGUGGCAUCACUGCCUGUGCCGAGGUGGGUCAGAGUGAGUCACUGGGAUUUCGGGCUCUUCAGUCUUAUUUAGUAACAGCUGUUACUCUGAAUCUUGCCUAGUCAAACCUUUCUUCUUAGAUCUUUUUUGCCCCUAAAUUGUAGGAAGCAGUGAUACAACCUGAAAUCAAAGUGAGUAAAUCCAACUCAAGUAAAGAAAGAUACUCAUUUAUGAACUGAAAAACAAAUCCAUAAAUAAGGACAAUAGGCAGUGAUGUCUUUUAGUAGAUGUCAGUUCUGCCCUGUAACUUAGGUCAUUUCUUGUUAAACACAGCCGUUAUAGUGAUGAUGUUCUCAGUUUUUAUCUGGAGUUUUCUACUACAUGGCUUCCGAAUGAUACCCAGCUAGCUACCUUGGACUCAAAGUCUUUCCUGUCUCAAAUUACAUAAAAUUCUUUGAGCGCA